AUGACUUCAAUGCUUAUACAACGCAGGUUUCAGGGGAAAAAAAGUGGAUCUGACCUCAUCGAGGCGACACGGCUGGACGAACUCCUCCACGGCACUUAG